CAUCAAGACGGAGACCUCGUGAGAUCGUUGCCAACGUGUUCAAUUCAUCUUGUGUAUCCCAGCGUCCUGAACCGUGAGAGGGGGUCCCGGGAAGAGACAUGGAAAAGACUAGGAGGUCCCCCACUUUGCGCACAAUCCAAGGGAAAAUUCAGCGUGACUUAACAAACUGGAUCAACAACACUGCGGAAGCUCAGCAACAGACGAUAGUGUAUUAGGAUGAGAAUGACUGAGAGUUAAUCGUGGGCACAUUGAAUGGCCUAAAGACUUCAGAAUAGACGGUAGUAAGCGACACGAACGGGAUGAUGGAUCCAGGAGCGCUGUGGAUAAUCACGGCGCCAAGUUAGAUGAUUCCCUCAAACUUGAUCGGCCGGAAGUAUCCCUUUGAGGGUCUUGAAAGAGAGAAAUAUCUGGUACACCCCAGGAUGGAUCAGCUUCCCAUGAGGAUUCGGCGCAAGAACAGAACCGCAUACCGUCGUAGCACUAUGCGGUACAUCCACGUCGACCUUCGUUGGCGAAAUGCAGAAGAAAUGAAGCAACAACGACUGACGUUAUAUCGUAUGCCCCUGGGAGGCGGGAAUAGCCCUCCGGGCAAUUCACCUCUGAAACCAGAGCAGAUUGGCGAGUCGAUGAGCAAUGAAUACCCGGGGGAGUGGGCAAGUGUGUCAGAGGCUUCGGGAGCUUGUCUUGGGAUCGGUGACCUUCUCAAGAGAGAACCCGGAGGAAGGUCAGGUUUCACUCGGCGAAUGUCGCAAAUCAGUAACAGCGAGAGCACCAGAAAGGUGGCACGCUGGCUUCAGAUAGGCUCAUCAAGACACAUGGAAAGAGUUGCUAGGAUUGAACAAACUAUAGAUCUUGAUCUCAACCCUUGUUUACGCCGAAACUUUGGUCGACCGUAAGGCGGCGGCGUUGGGUAAUAAAAAGUAGGCAGGGUACCGUGCAGUACGCU